GGGUGUUUAAAAACUAACUCAGGACAAUAGCAGCGAAUGAGCGCUUAAUUAAAUUAAUUAGUCCUUCUUGUCAAUCUCGGAUUAAUGGCCAAUAGCGACGGUACUGCCGAAUGUUUUUGUACUCCUCUCCUCUCUCUCUCCCGUAUCAGUGUAGGGGAAGGGGGGCUCAUCCCGGCAUCCUGAGGGGAGGUAAUUUGCACGGAUCAAGGGGGCAAGGCGCCGCAAAGUAUAAAUACUGUGACUUCAAUAGAGGAUCACCAGCAGGUUCCCAACUCCGCAACCAAAGGAGGAGGAAUUGGCUGAGAAGAUAAAUCUUUAUACAUUUUUUACCUUUUCCAGAGUUGGCAGCAUCACCUCGUAUUAUUUUCAAGGGACUGACUUUAAAACGAGCCACACCAUUGAUGUCUUAAGCUGUCGUGGAGCAAAGGGAGAGAGUGUGUGAGUGAGUGUGUGUGAUUUUUUUUUUUUUAAGAGGAGAGAAACCAGUGAUGGAAGAGCUCACCGCUUUCGUGUCUAAGUCUUUCGAUCAGAAAGUGAAGGAGAAGAAGGAAGUGAUAACCUACCGGGAGGUGUUGGAGACCGGCUCGACGCGAGCAGGAAGCAGGGAGCCUCUAUCCGCGGAGCCGGGGAGCCGAGAGGAAGCGGCCGUCGUCACCCGGAACGUUGCGCUUUCGCCGGGCAGGGAAACGGACAUGCUCGGCCCGGAAAGAAUCAGGGACGCCGGGAGCCCGAAACUCAUUGACGGCACCACGGAGGUCAAGGAGAGGAAAGAGGACUCGAAGCCCAUAGAGGACGAGACACAGACUAAAAUCAAACAGAGGCGAAGCCGGACUAACUUCACAUUAGAGCAGCUCAACGAGCUGGAGCGACUCUUCGACGAAACCCAUUACCCGGACGCCUUCAUGCGGGAGGAGCUUAGCCAGCGGCUGGGACUGUCAGAGGCCCGAGUGCAGGUUUGGUUCCAGAAUAGACGAGCCAAAUGCAGGAAACAGGAGAACCAGUUACAUAAAGGAGUCCUGAUUGGAGCAGCGAACCAGUUUGAGGCUUGUCGUGUAGCGCCAUAUGUCAACGUGGGGGCUUUACGGAUGCCAUUCCAACAGGAUAGUCAUUGCAACGUGCCGCCCUUCUCCUUUCAGGUGCAGGCGCAACUACAGCUGGACAGCGCCGUGGCGCACGCGCAGCACCACCUGCACUCUCACCUGGCGGCGCACGCGCCCUACAUGAUGUUCCCCGCGCCGCCGUUCGGGCUUCCGCUGGCCACGCUCGCGGCCGAGUCCGCCUCCGCCGCCUCGGUGGUGGCCGCGGCCGCCGCCGCCAAGAACACCAGCAAGAACUCGAGCAUCGCCGACCUGAGACUGAAGGCCAAAAAGCACACGGCCGCGCUGGGACUGUGACGCCAGGGAGACGCGGGCACCCGGCGCGUGCGCACGCUCCCUGACGCGUCGACGCGCCUGAGAGACGCUGAACGCAAACUCCAUGGACAGAGCGAGACGAGAUAUCCAUGGAGGAUAUUUAUGUUUCCUUUUAAAAACGAAGAACCACGAGUAUAACUAUAGAAUAUAGGCUAUUUAUGAGACAAGGAACGGACAAUGAACAAGACUGAGACUUAGCCUACGCGUUUUGGAGCGGUGGGACGGACAGCGGAGCCUCGCGGGGCACUUCUCUGCAGGGACCCCCCGUCGACGAGGAAGGCGCAGCUGGGACGGUCGAUACUUUGUCAAACAAGGCGAUCCAUUCUGCAGUUCUGUUCUGUUUUAAUAGGCUAUAAUAAUAAGAUUGUUAUAACUUCAUUUUGAACCUAUAUAGAGGCUGGCCUCGUUAUAUUUGAAAAGAAAAAAAAAACGUUCUCUGUGAAAGGACAGAGCGGGGAUUCUUUGAGAAAACAGAAACAAACAGAAAAGACAGCAUUCCAGGUGUUUCUCCUCCUUCUGUUUCUCGUGCUAAUUCUCAGCAGCAGCGUUUGCAUGAGUUUGUCUUCAUGGAUGACGUCCUCUCUCUCUCUCUCUCUCUGUCUCUCUCCCAUUUCCCUCUUUCCUCCCCACUCUGAGGAAGGGCAACUCUCACUUGAAUGUUUGGCCUAGUUGACCUUGUUUGGACCUCCUCUGGUGAAGGUGAACCUGGGCGGCAUACCAGAAAUGUGAGAUUAUAAUAUAUGUGUAGGUUAUACUGAGCUUUUUGUCAGAAUAACCCGAUCUAGUGUCCAUAUUUACAAGGUGGUGAUCUGUCCUCUUUUGAAGGAGAACAUUAUGUUAUAAACGCCAUCUUUACCACGGUUAACAAUAGAGGACUGUAUGGAACCGGUACGGACACAUGUAAAAUAUGUUUAUACACGAGAAACAUGCAUUAUUUUUAUUAUUUAGUGGCUUUAUGAAUGCCCUUGUUCAUUUUGUAUUUCCUUUGAUUUCCGUGUAUGAAAAUCAUGUGCUUUCUGUAUGUAAUUUUGAUGUUUUUAUAACAGUGAAAGUGAACUUACCUGAGGCACGGGUUUCUAAAAAAGAAUAUUCAUUCAGUUGUUUUACUUUUCUUCCAUCACAUGUGAAACGUGAAACCACCCAAACAAAUGUUUUUCGUUUCUAUAAUAAAUUAACAAAAGUUUCUCUAAUGCCUUAA